AUGGCCGCAGGCGGCAAUCAGAAGCAGAGCGUGGAGCACAUUGGAAUGGGAGAAGCUCGACGGCAGAGAGCUGCGCUGUCUGAGCAACGCGUUGAGUACGGUAACGGCAGGGAGGCGAAAUUGCUGACGGUGCAGAGCAUUCGAUCGGCUCUAGGAGCAGCGGCCCGCUUCUUCGAGGGCGGGGCACGACAGCGGGUGUUGUCGGCGUGA